GUGUUAUGUCCUUGUCUUUGUCAUGUAUAUGUACAUACAGAUCUUAGAGCAAGAUCCUCUUCCUGGGCUUGUGUCCGAGUCUCGCAACUCACCUCCGUCAAAGCCUGACACCCACGUGCUUCACAAAAUUUCGCCACCUGUUUAACCUUCGCCGCUAAAUCGCAGCCUCCCAUUUUCAUCUCAACAUGUACGUGCGUAUUUAGAGAGACCCAUGUAUAUUCUCCUUCGUCGCCAAGCUAUCCCUUAUCGAUUUCUGCUCCACAAAAACCCUACCAACUUUCCCAAUAAUCCCUUCAAUCUCUAUCACACACACUCUUCAGAUCACUACACCCACUUCAUCCCCACGCUCCGAUUUCGAAUCAACUCUUUUGUUAGGUUGUUGUUAGGGUUCGCCGAGAGAUCGUUUCAGCUCGUGGACGAAGACGAUAUUGGUUGGAGCAAUAAAAGAAAAUCAUUCACCGGCGGAAUUGGAGUCACGUCGCCUAAGGCCAGGACACGUGACAAAUCGAAAGCUAGGAGAGGUUCUUCUGCCGCUGGGCCUUCUUCAUCAUCUAAUAAUACAAAUAGGUCGAGUUCUUCGUCUUCAUCGAGUCCACCUCAGGCUCAGGUUACAGGGGACGACGUCCAAGAACACGUUCUUUCUGAAGAUCUUCCUGUAGAAACUGUUGAAAUUGAUCGAAACGAUGGCCUUGAUGUACCCACUACUGAUAAAAGCGAAGACGAAACUGUUUCAGAAGAUCUUUCGAAAAGAAUCGGUGGCUUGCGAGUAAACGAAGAGGAAGAAGAGAACGAUGUAAAAAAGUCCGAUGAUUAUCCUUCGCAAACAACCGGCGGAAAUCCACAUCCACAUCCACCUCCACCACCUGCUCCGCCUACUCCACCUCCAAAACCAUCUUCAACAGGUUCUAAUUCCCGGAGAUUUACGCCUGGUAAUUCUGCUGCUCUACGAAUUGGUUCAUCUAGAAGAGCCACCGCUUGGCCGGUUGUUUCCACCGGAUCUCCGAGGUCUCAUCCUGAAAACGAUGGCUACAACAGCGCCGAUGAACAAAACCAAUGCUUCGGAUCCUCAUAUGAUGAUGCUGUGAGUUCUAGUCGUUUUACUCACUUCAAAGAACUGAAUAAUAAUCAGACUAAUACGGAAAGGGAGCGACAGUUUGAGAUUGAUAUUAGACGCACACAAGGUUAUGAAGUGAAACGAAUGUCAGAAGAUGGGAAUUGUCUGUUUCGUGCUGUUGCAGAUCAAGUUUAUGGUGAUUCUGAAGCAUACGAUUUGGCUAGGCAAAUGUGCAUCGAUUACAUGGAACGCGAGAGAGACCACUUCUCACAGUUUAUAACAGAGGGUUUCACUUCUUAUUGCAAGAGAAAGCGAAGAGAUAAAGUCUAUGGGAACAAUGUAGAGAUUCAAGCAUUAUCUGAAAUGUACAAUCGGCCUAUUCAUAUCUACUCAUAUAGCACUGAGCCUAUAAAUAUAUUCCAUGGAAGCUAUAACACAGAUACACCUCCGAUCCGGUUAAGUUACCAUCAUGGCAACCAUUACAACUCUCUUGUUGAUCCACGUAGGCUCACAAUAGGUGCUGGCCUUGGGUUUAGCUGCCUGCAAGGGACGAAUGUUGAUAAAGAUCAAGUGAAAGCAGCAAUCAAAGCUCAACAAGAUCAACAGAUUGAUAAUGCUCUUAUGGCAGAGGCACGUUUCUGUUCAGAUAUGGAGUUGACUGAGAAGGAAAUCGAGCAUAUGGUGAUGGCAGCAUCGAGGGCUGAAUACAUGGCUAAUGAUAAGUUCAAACAGCAACUUGGUCAAACAGAAUCUUCAACUUCUGAUGCUCAACCAUCCUCUUCUGGAGGUAGUAUUAGUGGGCCAUCAGGGAGUGAGAGCAAAGGCGAAGGAACAGUGCUGUGUAAUGGAAUGCAGAUGGUGCUGUCAAUGGGGUUCAGCUAUGUGCAGGCGAUGGAGGCGUAUAGUAUAUUUGGUGAUGACGUGGAUUCCAUGGUUUGUUAUCUUCUUGAAACUAGCAGCAGGCGUAAAGGGAAAGCAACUGAAUAAAGAUAAAAAAAAAAAAAAAGAUUAAAGAUAUGGAUAUCAUUGGAUUUGGAGUAGUAGUGGUGGUAAAUGGUAAAAUAAUAAAUAAUGGCUUUCUUUGUAUGUUGGAUUGAAUGUUUAUGAAUAUCUUCUCUUGUCUUUGUAUAUUUGUGUUUGAUCGUUUUAUGAUAAAAUCC